UAUUUUCACAGCAAUUUCUAAUGUGACCCAGUCAAUUGUACUUUUGUCCUUAGUGGUGAGGUCAUCACCUGGGAGGUCAUGUGACAGACGGGUCACAUGACAUCACAAUGAGAUGGUGCUUGUACCAAUUGGCUGCCCGUGGGCCUAGCUGAGAGCUGUGGUGAAGACAGCCUUACUGCUCUGCUCUGUGUGUGUGUGAACACCAACUCUAAGAUCAACAAUCUUAGAUCAAUCUUAGAUCUCUAAGAUCAACAAUCACCCAAUUCUUCAAAACAACGUCGACCAUCAGAAUAGGAAUCCACGAGCAAGGAUCAACGAACUCUGAGCUUAAGUACAAACAAGCUCAGUUCGUAGGCGCCCUGAACUUGAGUUUGAGCAGAGAAAACUAAGCCAAUACUUUCAACAUGUGCUGGGUCUCCAAGUGUAUGUUGACACCACAAUUGCCAAUGUAAACACUCACAGUGGACUCCACUUCUACUGAGUUAGAUCGAAAAGGAAUUAUUAGUCUUCGAGUGAGUUCAUGGCAACGGGCUAAACAUUAAGUUGAAGAAGAUUCACCGACUCUAUCAACAGGAAGAAGAUUUAGUUAAAUAAUUGGUUCACAAUCACCCGGUGAAUAAAUGGAACUUGAGCCACUUUUUACCAUUUCCCCAAAAUAAAACAAACCAUAGACCUAGCGUGAAUCGGCGAUCGAUGGUCGGCGUGGAGUUGGUGGGCCGAAGGGUGUGUUUCCAUGUGUACCUGCCUAUCGAUCAAUCCAAAAUAAAUACUUUGUGACUGCAGGAUUGGGAAUUUUGGUGAAGAGUGCUCAGAGAAAAUUCCUGCCUCUUUUGGGGGAAAUAACAGACUUGUUUGCAAGGAGCGAAGGGAUCGGGUAAGCAUCACCUCCGGAGUUUGGGGAAGUGCGCUGGUGGGAUUGGCGGGAGAGUGAAUGAUAGACGGGGGCGAGAAUGAAAGUGGAAGUUUGGAUAAGUGCCCUCCUGAGCAUGUCUCCUGACAGCAGUGAGCUGGUGAGGCAGAGAGUGAUCGAGUCCCUGCAGGAACUGGGGAGGAUCAAACGGAAGAGGGUCCUCCUGUUUCUUCACAACUUUCUCAUGGAGCGCCAGACUCUGCCCAUGUCGCAGCGUACAACGUUACUGAAGAGCGUGGUGCUGAUCGUGAAGGAGAACACCCGCAAUUUGAGCCGUCCGCUGUCCAAGAAAAUGAUCGCCAUGGCUUCAAUGGAAAUGUCCAAAAUGACCGGCAUUAAUGACUUGCACAGAGAAAGUGCCAGCAAAUUCCUACUUGUCCUGGGCUCCAGUUUUCCCAUUGAGGUUUUCAUGGAGCUGCAAUCGAUGCUUCAAAGACAGAACCCAGCGAAAUUCUACGUGAUCUUAACCCUGGCAAACCUGUGCUCUGAAAACGGCUGCUGCAUCGUCCCAUUGCUGAAGCCCAUCUUGGACACCAUCCUCAGCCUACUCAACGUGGAGACGUGUAAAAGGAUGCGGUGGGUCUUCUGCUAUGCUCUAGGCCAUUUCAGCAAGAGCAUUCUCACCUACAACUCAGACCCGCAUCUCCCAGCAAAGAAGUGUCUCUACGUCAGUGAGCUUUCCAGUGCCUACGACAUACUCUUCCAAUCCUGGUUGAACUCAAGAGACCCCAAGAUGACCACGGGGGUGGUGGAAGCAAUCGGCCAAAUCAUCUAUCUUCUCCCCAGUGAUAAAAUAGAGAAUGAGCUGCCCGCUCUGAUCCCAGCCAUCCUGUCCUUGUACCAGAAGUCGUACAGUGAUCUCUCCGUUACUAAGGGCUUGUGUGGAAUACUCUGCACUGCCCUGGAGAGGAACAGCAAGAUGCUGGUAUCCCACCUAGAACACCUGCUGGUCACAUUACACCUCCAGAUCUGCAUCUCCAUGGAUCACCCGACCAGUGCUCUGUCAGAAUGCCUUCGAAGUAAAAUCCUUUGCUGCUUUCAAAUCCUCAGUUCCUCCUUUGGGCAAGAGAUCGCCAGGUUCCUUCUGCUGCAGUUGGAGAUCUCCAAUGACCAAAUCCAGCUGGGAGCCUUGGCCAUCCUGAAGCAUCUCAUCAACAUGGUCCCGGCCUCCGUGGAGACCCACAAGAGCCAGAUCAUGAGUAGCGUCUCGCUGUCGGUCCUGAGGAGCGGCCACAGGGUGAAGGGUUUCCUCAGCCAGUUGGUGCAAGCUUUGGCCAGCCACGGCUACCUGGAGCUGGAGGGAGGGGUGGAGCUAGUGCGGUUCAUCGUUGACCAGUGCGCGCUCGCCAAGGACGAGGACGGGGAGAGCCACAGGACCAGGGGGAACAAUGAGCCACACGAGGGCGGGGUUACAGACGGGGAACUGAAGAGCCUGUACGAGCGGUUGCUGGAGAGAUUGACAGCCACCACCAUGAUAGACAAUGUCCUAUGGCCACUGCUGUUGGAGUUUGUUGUCCCAGCCAGGUACACCAAUGCCUUGGCUGCUGUCUGCAGCUCCUUGGCUUAUCUGGGAAGCAAGAAGCAGCAGGCUGGGGAGACGGAGUUUGUCUUGAACUACGAUGAGCACACCAAUCUGCCGAACCGCCAGGCCCUGCUGACUCGUCUGUUGGCCGUGUCCUCGUCCCCCUACGAGGGGAGGGGGCAGGGAGCCCCGGCCCUGUCCUUGCUCUGGGUCCUGGGCAUCAAUGUCCACCCGGCUGCUGUCAACGUGUGGGACAAGGAGCUCCCGGGUUUGGUCAACUAUCUGCAGGAAUGUCCAGAGGACCAUCUGGUCCAGAACGAGUGGGAGCAGAAACUGCUGCAGGUCCUGUCACGGACCUUGGAGGAGAUAGAAGACGAAGUCUGGAUCGUCCGCCUGAGUGAGGAGAUGACCAAACAGAUUCAAAGGAGCCACAGUUCUUCGCAGCAGAAGGGCUUCCUCUACAAGUGUCUGGGCAUAACCUUGCAGCUGACUCAAAGCCAUGGCGUGGUGAAGAGGAAACUCCAAGUGAUGCUCCAGAUUGUCCAACAUGACAAAGACUUGGAAAGAGAAGGUGUAGCCACUGCAAUUGGCUACUGCGCCCAAACUCACUUGGAGACCUCCCUAACUGUGUUGAAAAACUGUUCCAAGUUGAACAUUUUUAAAAAGACUGCGAGUUUCUACCAGAUAAUGAAAGACCAUGGUAACAUUGGAAUAAUGCAGGUGAAGAGCACACUGAUUUUAUGCUAUGGGUACAUAAUCCUGCAUUGUCCCAAGGAUAUUAUCUUGCCCAGAAUAGAGACGGAUAUUCUGCAGAAUGUUUUGAAGCAUUUCAACAUCAAGAUAUUGGGCAUGAAGGUUCCGGUCAGGCACCCAAUGAUGAAGUUAAGUCUGAUAAAGACUGUAACGCUUCUGGCCACAGCUUUCCAAUGUGGGGAAGGGCAACAGUGCUACAAGUUGAGCAGAAAGACUGAGCUACUCACCUACAUGCAAGAGUUUAUCAAGGCUGAGCCCACAGACUCAUUGACAACGGACAUUCGAAAGGAUGCCAUGGAUGCUAGCUCAUGCCUCGUCAACGUGGAGCCCGUGUUUGUACUAAAUGAUUAUGGUGAACUAAUUAAGUUAUGCCUGAACAGCAUUUUCAGCUUGCCAUCAUUGGAGGCCGGUGAAAGCAGAGAAGUGGAUAGGAUGAAGAGGCAGGACCUUUAUAAUGCAACACUGAUGGCUCUCGAGGACCUUCUGACGCAACUUCUAAGUUUGGAUUUGUCGCCGAAAGGUUUUCAAUAUCUCUUUAGCUUCUUGGUGAUUUGGAUCGAAUCCACCAAUAACUAUGAACGGGAAAGGUCCCUGAUGAUGACUUUGCAUCUGCUGACAUUUUAUCAGGAUACGUUUGUCGUUAAUGAGAAGGAUUUAUCUCACAGUUUUGUGGAAAUGAUUGGCUAUACAGUGGUGCGGUGCUCAGAUCCAUCACUCGCUGUAAGGGAAAUAGCCAGUGAGUGUUUGUACGUUCUGCUGUGCCUGCAGUUACGGCUGGUGGGCUUUCCAGUGGACCAUAAAGAUAGCAAUGUGGAACAUCUGAAGACCAUCAAGGUUGGGUUGAAGGACACUGACUUUGAGGCUCUGUUUUAUGUGUGCAUAGAUCUGGGCAAAGUCCUCUCCAGAUGUGUGCCCCACGCCCACGUCAACACACUGCUCCUCACCAUUUCGGAAAGACUCGCUGAGGAGCAGUUGAAUGGCUCCUAUGCGGCCUCUAUAGUUGUGAACGUACUCGUCAGGAACUGCGGAACCAUCCUCACCGACAUUCCUGGAGUCAUCAAAUCCCUUUACCAUCAGUUGCAGUUGAUCACACAGCCACACGUAACACGUUCCGUGAUACAUUCCAUUUCCAUCCUGGCUUCCCAAAACGUGCCGAUGGUCUUGCCUUAUCUCCUCAAGCACCAAAUCCCAUUUCAGACGUACACGGACGACAUAUGGAGAUCCCUACUGAGUGACAGUACACUGGCCACCACCUCCAUCAAGUACCUCCUCAAUAACCUGAAGCUAAUGUAUGAUGACAACAAAGAAUCUCUCAUGCAGGAGAUGGUGUUGACCACACAGCAGUCUUUAGCAGUGAUCCAUGCUCUCCAUGCAAUGAUAUGCUGUCCGGAAUCAGACGAUGCAGUUAACAUCCUGUACCCGCAGUUGUUCUGUGUUAUUCUACUCUUCCUCAGCUCCAGUGUCCAGAUCUGCUCCAGAGAUUUCCUACGCACCCCAAAGCAGAGGAAGUCUUCCACCUUGCCCGAGAGAGCUGGCAAUGCUGACAUUUGCAACUACAUGGUGGAGAUCCUCCAAGCUUUGCUGAGGGACAGCAUGCGGGAGGAUGCGAGCGCGAUGGAGGAGAAGGGCUGGGAUCUGAUCAAGACUCCAGGGAGGCACCACGAGGGGGUCAUGCUUCUGGCCAACAAGAUGGCGGUGUGUGCUGUGCCCCAUCUCAUCAGCAUCGUGGAGGAACUCAUUCCCUUCCUGGCCAACCUGCAGGAGAGGCAGAGAGUAGCCGUGGCUGCAUUCUUUGCCGAGCUCCUGAACCACUCGGUGGUGAUGGACCUGUCACUGGCCGACACCCUGGUGGGCAGCCUUCUCCGAUGUUUGAUUGACACCUCGCCCACCAUCCAGGGUCUCGCUAUCAGGGGUUUGGGAAACACUGCAGCUGGGGCAGCCCUGAACAUUGAAAAAUACUCCCACAAGCUACUGUCCGCGUUGAUCGCAGUGAUUCACAAGUACUGGAAGUCCAACAAUCUCAUGGCCAUGGAAGCCAUGUCCAGCAUUGCCAAAGUCCUGGACUCCCUGCAAGGGCAUUUUGCAGAUUACACUCUGAUCGAUGUGGCACUUACAAUCGAGUCUUUGUUCGACAACGAGCUGGAGAAAAUGAGGGCUUCUGCAUUCAAAGUCCUGGGGAAACUGAUCAGGUUUGGAAACCCGGAGAGGAACCCUGUGCUGGCCGAACAUCUCCACGUCACCCUGAUCAACUUGCUCCUGCAUCUCAACGAUGAGAGCAUGGAGGUGACCAAAGUGUGCAGGUCAGUGCUGAAGCUGAUGGGUCCCAUUGUUGGUUCGGACAGCCUGGGCAGCGUGUUCCAGGAGGUGACGUCGGAGGACUCCGCGCUGGACUAUGAAGCCUACUUGAGCAAAGUGUCCCAACACAUCAGUGAAGACUUGCCCGACAGGGUGCCCUCCUACAUCAUGAACUGUGCUGCCUUCUUCACCAACCCCCAGGCGGAGAUCAGACAGAACGCGGUCACUCUGAUCGGGCUGCUGAUGCACGAUGGGGUGGACGAGUUUGCCACGCAGCUUUCCGCGGAUUCCGUUUGCAAAGAGAUCUGCACCCUGCUCUCAGACCCCGUGAGAUGUGUCCGCCUCAAGGCAGCAAUAGCCAUCCGCCACCUCCACAUGUACUAGAUUAGACCAUUGGACCACCAGCACCAGCUGAGUUGAAGACGGGGAGAAGAAAACCACGGGGCUCACCUUCCUAAAGGCAAAGCUGUCUGGUUUGAAACACUUCCACACAGUGUCCCUGCAAGGAUUCCUCCUGCAACAGGCCGUGUUGAAACCAAAGUGGAUUUAUUUGAAAAUAGUAUUUUAUAAUUAAAGAAUAAAUGUUUUA